AUGGCACACGAUGUCCAGCAACUCGUGGACAUGGGGUUUGCUUACCCGGAAGCGGAGGUUGCCCUGCGCGAAGCGGGUGGUAACAUGGAGCAGGCACUUGAGCUAUUGUUGACUGGUGCGCAACCGGAACCGGAAGUCGAGGCAAAGCCUGAGAAGGUCGAUAAGGCAAAUCGUUUCAGCCCAUUGGCCGGAGAUGCGGCUCCCACUGACAACGAAUGGCCCGAAUUGCCAAAGCAGCCCACGUCCGGCUAUGCGAAAGGGUCUGACAGGCCACCUGGAUUAGAUCGUGCCAAAGACGACCUCUGCGCAGCUUGGGACUUGUCAAUGGAGGACAUGGUGCCAACUCCGCAAAUGCCGCGACCGCCUGGGCUUCCGUGCGGAUUGUUGAACGUGGGGAACACUUGUUACGUGAACUCCUUGCUUCAAACACUUUUCCAUGCAGAAGAGUUUCGGGAUCAACUGCUGCGGUUUCGGCCUUUUAGCCUUCCGAAACCUGAAGAAGGCUGCGGCGAGGGCACCCCAACUGCUGAGAGUAUGGCUGCCGAACGCCGUCGAGAACAUGCUUUGCAGCUUGUGCUCGAGCUGAGAAAGCUCUUCGCAUACUGCCGUCUGUCUGACAGAAGCUGCGUCAGCCCAUCUCAGCUCCUGCACGAGCUGGUGGACUUGCAGGGCCACCAGCUUCCGGUGGGUGGCCAAGAGGAUGUGAGCGAGUUCAUGUUGAAGUUCGUCGAUCAGUUGGAGGAGGGAAUUGCGUCAGAUGCGACCACGCAGAAGGAGGAUGACAGCUCAAGAAGUUCGAAGGCCAUUCAUGAACUACUUUACGGAGAACAGGUGCAAAUCUUUUCCUAUGUCGAUGAAGCACAGCCAGAGUCUACGGCAUCCCCCAAGACGCAGCCCAUCGUCAGCUCAGAACAGAGCGACUUCCUGCAGAUCUUCCUGGAUGUCAAGCACAAGAACUUGUAUGCAGCCUGGGCGGCGGCAAACGAGCAGAGCGUGGACUACACCACACCAGCGGGGAGCAAGGCGAAAGGCCGAACCCGUGUUUGGAUCCAAAGACUUCCGAAGCUUCUUUUCUUUCAGCUGCAGCGGGUGGCCUUCGACACAGAAACCAAGGAACAGGUCAAGCUCGAGGAUGAGUUCGACUUCGAGACCACGAUCUUUCCGGAUCGUUUCAUGCAGAGGAACGAGUCCACCGUGUUGCAGGUGGAAGAGACCGUGCAGCGACUCCGUGAACGGAAAGCUGUGAAACAGUCGGCUUUGCAAUGCUUCCAGCAAUAUCAGGCUGGAGCAGGUUCUCAUGUACUUCCGGUGACCCAAGUGCUUCGAAGUGCAGCAAGCUGUUUGGAAGCCAAUGCUGCGUCCCUUCGAUCCGCCAGCAGACAGCCGGCAGAGCCCAAUUCCAGCGAUCCCGUCCAUUCUGCAGCUCUCACUGCCCUGCAAUCAAAGCAGGCAGGAGAAGAUGCACAGCUUGCUUGGAUUGAGGCUUGCCAGGCUUCCGAGGUUCCGGUGCAGACUCUCCGGGCAUUGGCAGAUGAGUGCCAAAGGCAGGAGGAACGUCUGCAGGAGGAGAUUUGCUCCCUUGACGAAGAGCUCUUGGAGGCUUAUUCUGCGUUGCAGAAAGAGCCCUAUCAUCUCUUCGGCAUUUGGGUCCAUCAAGGCCAACAGGCCGAAGCCAGGGCUGGUCACUAUGUGGCCUUUCUGAAGGACUGGCGCCAAGACCGGUGGCUUCGCUUCAGCGACUCCUUCGUUUCUACUGUUAGCUGGGAGGAGGUAAGAAGAGCUGCUCUGGGUGGAGAAGGCCAGAGCGAUGCAGCGACGCAGAAGUCUCGAUCCUCUGCGUAUGUCCUCGUUUACAUGGAGGCGAAGUUGGCAGAAUCUCAACAAGAUGCGGACAAAGAUAUUGAGAUUCCCGGCGAGCUUCUGGAGGAGAUCCAGAAAGACAACCGGGCGCUCGAGAAUGAACGUGGCAGCUGGGAGGAGCAGGUCAAGGUCCGUGAGCUCCGACAGCACGCGCAAUCCAUCUUCCAAGAAUACGCGAUGCUUCUGCACCACUGGGAACCCAAGAAGCCUCUGGGAGAUGCCUCUGGCAAUCCCCACUCGCAGGACCCCAACCAUCGGAAGCAGCUCAACGAUCCCGCGUUGAUGUGCAUCGAGCUCUACAUCUACAAAUCUGGUGGUGAGCAGGAGGUAUUCCAUUACCUUCUCAAGAAGAGCCUGGACGCACAAAGGCAGGUUCGAUGCUGGCUGCCGGAAGAUGAGGGCAGAAUACUGUCCUUCCUUGCAGAAACUUUGCGAAGCCAAGAUUGUUAUGUGAAGAUGCUGAGAGAAAAGGUUUCCGAUGAAGAGUCUGCUGCGAGUCCUUCCGAGCCAGAAGCGAACGCAGUGUCAAAGAGAGAGCGGGAGUGUGAACUCCUGGAGCUGGACUUGGAAGCGAUAACAGAGAAGUAUGAAGCUGUGCUUCUGCAGGCUCAGAUUCUCGACGAGGCCUUGCAACUCUUGAAAAAGCUGGGUGGCGGAGCUCUGCCGAAAGCCAUUGGCUUGCUUUCGACCUUGUGGGCACAUUUCAACUUGGACAUAGACUAUCAGUUCAGGCACAACGAAGUCCUCUUGGUCCUAAGUGCUCUGAUGUACAACACGGUCACUUGCAUUGAGGACCAGGACGUGCUGCUGCAAGAGAACUAUCGGGAGCUUGGGGAGUACUUCUACAUAGUCCUAAGCUGUGUCGAAUGGCCGCGAAAUUGGAAGCACCCGCUGCAACAGCGCAUCUCCAAGAUGUUUCCCAGUGCCCCCGAGAUCAUGGAGACGGCGCUCACUGCGAUCCUCAAAGAGAGAGGCGAGCGGGAAGGCGCCCCCCUUGCUACGGCCAUGGCAACACAUGCCGACCAUAAACAACUCGUUUUGCUGCGCUCGAUCGACUAUCUUGAGGGAAAGACCUUGGAGGACUUCAAAGAGCAUCCGCCGGCCGGUGAGGCGUUCUUUGACCGGCACCGGGCGCUCUGGUCCUGGGCCAUGCAGAAUGACAAGCUUUUGGCGAAGGAAUACGUUUCUCUGACUUCUCUUUCCUAG